UUUUUUCUCAAUUUAAACAGCGAGAGAAAGACCUCAGAUUCAUACAUUCAACUCUUCUUCUUCCUCGAUUCCUCAUCCCAUUAUCUCUCCUUCCUCCAAAAAAUGGGUUCCGCAGGAAACGUUACAUCAGACACCCAAUCCCUCAACUUCCUAAUCUAUGGUCGAACCGGUUGGAUCGGCGGUUUAUUAGGCAAAAUCUGCGAAUCCCAAGGAGUCAAAUACACUUAUGGUUCAGGAAGGUUAGAGAACCGAGCUUCUUUAAUGGCUGACAUCGCUGCUAUUAAACCCACCCAUGUAUUUAACGCUGCUGGAGUUACUGGUCGUCCUAAUGUUGAUUGGUGUGAGUCUCAUAAGGUUGAGACUAUUCGUAUUAAUGUUACUGGGACUAUCACUUUAGCUGAUGUUUGCCGUGAAAAUGGUCUUAUUUUGAUUAAUUACGCUACUGGUUGUAUUUUUGAGUAUGAUGAUAAACAUCCUAUUAAUUCUGGGAUUGGGUUUAAGGAAGAAGAUACUCCUAAUUUUGUUGGGUCUUUUUAUUCCAAGACUAAAGCUAUGGUUGAGGAAUUACUCAAGAACUAUGAAAACGUGUGCACAUUGAGAGUCCGGAUGCCAAUCUCUUCAGACUUAUCUAAUCCACGUAACUUCAUCACCAAGAUCACCCGCUAUGAGAAGGUAGUUAACAUUCCAAACUCGAUGACAAUCUUAGAUGAACUCCUUCCCAUCUCCAUCGAGAUGGCAAAGAGGAACCUUACAGGAAUCUACAACUUCACAAACCCUGGAGUUGUCAGCCACAACGAGAUUCUCGAGAUGUACAAAGAAUAUAUCGACCCCAGCUUCACAUACAAAAACUUUACCCUCGAGGAGCAGGCUAAGGUGAUCAUUGCUCCAAGAAGCAACAACGAACUCGACACCACCAAAAUGAAGCAAGAAUUCCCUGAACUUCUACCCAUUAAGGAGUCUCUUAUUAAGUAUGUGUUUGAGCCCAACAAGAAGACAGCUGAGGUUGCUGCCUGAAAAUAGUCUUAGAUCAGAACCUUUGUAUUGGUAUUGUUUGAAGGGGGAUUGCAUUAUUUUCAGUCAUUUUAGCCAUUCUUGUUCUUGAUAAAACUGAUUGUUUCCGUUAGAUACUUCUCUAUUUUUAUUUCUUUUUUGUCAAUCAAAAAGAAAAGGAGUGAUAUUUUGUAUUUGCAAAAAUUGGAUUUUCAAUAAGAUUGUUGAGGUUGAUUUAA